AUGGAUCAAAGUUUAACAUCUGAAAAGCUCAAUUUUUUACAUUCGUUAUUGGAUAAAGAGUUGGAAGGAUUGAAGGAGAGCUCUCUUUCAAAUAGUGGAAUGAAACAAGCAAACUAAAUUGACAAUCAGUCAAAAUAUUAAUAGAAUUAGAGAUUUGCAAUAAAUUAAAUGUAGAAUCAACAAGAAAAAUCAGUAAAAUCGUAAUCUUCGAGUAUUCACUUGAAUAGCUCUUUGAAUAAUUAAAGAGAUCCUUUGCCAUUAACUCCUUUAGAAUCUUCAUUAAAUAUCUCUCGCUAAAAUCAUCAAAGAUCUAAUAGCUAAACACCAAUAAAAGAUGAAUAAAGUAUGCUUUAUAAGUAGUACAAUAGCCAUUAAGGAAUAUAAAAUAAUGCAGAUUUUAGAAGCAAAAAUAACUUACAGAUUUAUCAUGAUACUAAUUAAAACAAUAAUGAAAAAAAUACUUAGAUUAAAUUUAAUUCUAACUAAUAAGACAUAUCAAAAAAUAUUAGAAUGAGCCAUGAUUUAUAAGAACUUCAAAAUAAAAUAAUGAACUUAGAAAAGAAAAUCACUUGUAUAAAUAAUCCUCAAUUCGAAGAUAAAGAAAAUUCAUAUUUUUUCCAAGAAAACGAAAUAGAAAAGAAAUAAAUUGAUUAAAGAGAAUUAAUUGAACAUAGUUUUUCUAAAAAUAAAAUUCCUACUUAUGACCGUCACGAAACGACUAUGGAAGAUGACUAUAAUUACAGAGAGAAAAAUGAACAAUAAAAUAAGAAUAAUAUGUUCCAUACAUUUAACAAUUAUAUCAACAGUAAUCCUCAUAAUUAAGCUUAAACAGAUGAAAGUCAUAAUAAUAAAAAAGUUGUAAGAUAUAGUAGUACCAACAAUUAUGAGGAAAGUUAGGAAUUAGAUUGCUCAAAUGAAAGUUAUAAAUAAUCCUAAAAAGUAUUAAAAAAAAAUAAAUAAGAAAAGCUAAAGAGUCAUGAGCAUCACAGUGAAGUUGAUAGAAAUGAACAGGAUGCAGAAAUAGAAGAAGAUACUCCUAUGAAAAGAAAAUAUAAGAAUAAAUAAAAGAAAAGAGAUCCAUCAAACGAAUAUAAUUCUUCUAGAUUUAACACUGAAACAAGUGAAGGCUAAUAUGAAAAUAAAACUAAAUCGAUGAAGAGAUAGCAUUCUUCCUCAGCCUCUUAAUUAGCUAAUGGAGCAAAAAAUUAAAGUAAACGGGAAAAUUCUAAGGGAAGAACAAAUAAAUUUUAGCUGGAGAAAAAAAUACAAGAAGCUGAAACUGUGCUUAACAAUUCUAAAAACUCUAUAAAAAGGUCAUUAAGCAAGAAUAACUCAAUAAAUCGUAACAAUUCUUUGAAAAACAUAGCCAAUAAUGGAAGUUAGGUGAGCUUAUAAAAUGCAACUCAUAGCGCAUCUAAAAGAAACAACAGUAAUAGCAUAAAUAAAAGUUAAAAAAAUAUUGAUUAAGUGAUUAGCAAUCAUAACGAAGUCUAAGUCUUAAACAAAAAAAUAAUGCAGCUAAAAAAGCAAUCUGAGCAAGAUAAGUAGCUUAUAAUCAAAGAAAGACUUCGAAACAACGAACUAUAAGAAGAAAUAGAGAAACUAAAUAGAAAAAUGAAGAAAAUGGCUAAUUAGAUUGAGAAAUCUAAUGCUCUUGAAGAGGAUUAUAAAAAGUUAAUGCAAUCCUUUGAAAAAUCAGAGUAUAUUAGACAAUAAUAAAAACAAUUAAUUACAAAUUUAAAAAAUGAGUUAGAUCAUUUUAAAAAGCAUCAACAUAAUUCACAUUAACAAUCAUAAGAUUCUAAUAUAAAUGAAAAAAAGAGACCUAGUUCAAAAAAUAAAUAAAUUAUUUGA